AUGUUUCCCGCAGUCCUUUACGCGACUCACUAUACGAUAUUUUGUAUAGUGAUAGUCUUCCGUCGAAAGUCUCCAGCUCAUAUUACGGUGUUUAAUUGGUUUGAGAAAGACUCCUCCUCUGAACAAUCUAAGCCGGUUGCAGUCUUUAAAAAGACGCGGUUAUACUCAUCCAUUGCUAAACAAGAUUCAAGUCACGCAAUCAUCAAUAAUUACAAUAAUGAUCGAAAACCUAUUCGUAAAUCUUCACCAAUAAAGCAAGUAUUUUCCUUUACCGCCAGUGAACAAGGAGCGGUCAUUGAGCCUUUUCUUAAUCUUACCGAGAAGGCAAUUUAUAAAUUUCUCGUUGACAAUGAAAGUUGGAUUCCCCUCGAUGUUUUGCAAGCCUUCUGUGCUAAACAACGUCCUCCAUCUGUAUUUCAUGGCCAAUAUAAGGCCAAUCCUGUUGAAUUAUUAAGUAAUUUUAAGAAAUAUGUGCGUAACAAAAUGCGCAUGGGAUCAUGCUCUUCAGCGGAAACUACAAAAAAGUAUUUGAUAACAAGGCGAAUAUUGACAACGAUUAAGCGGUGGAUCAAUAAAGCGAAUGAAAACCAUUCUCACUUGCUACAAAAAAGAAAACUUGACGAUACGAAUUUUGAGAAAAUUACAGAAUUCGUUCUUGAUGUCCUUGAGGAAGUCGAGGAGACUGAGGAAGGAGAUAAACGAUGA